AUGAUUUUUUGAUAAUGGCUGCCAACCGUUUUUAAUGGUAAUGAAACUUGCUUUACCAAUACCAUACCAUAUUACCAUUUUUAAACUUAUUUUCUUCAUUAUCAAUUAAUUCAAGUCAUUCAAAAUUCAAUCUUAAAAGCUCAAAAUUAUCUUAAAAACUUAUUUUCUCCAUACCGUUCUUUAUCAUCUUGAAGCAUACAAAUAUAUAAUUAUACAAAACAUGCACACAUAAAAAAAAAAAGAGAAAAGAACUAGCAACAAUUGAAAACUUUGUAGAAUAAAAAAAAAAAAAGAGGAAAAAGUUUUGAAUGAGUGGUAAAUUUGGUAACGAUAUGGUAAAAAUGGUAAUGACCUCCAAUACCAAUACCGUACCACAAGUCUAAAUGGUAUUACCAUAUUACCAUUUAGACUUACCAUAUGGUAAUUUACCAUACCGUUUCCGCUGAAAAUAGCUAGAAUGAUUUGAGCUUGGUUUUCCAUUUUUUUUUCAUUUGUUUUCCCUUCAUCACAUUUUGGCUAUCCAAACAGAAUGGAGAAGAAAGGGGAACGUACGCAGGGAUUCAUAAGUAAAAGUUAAGCACUGAUGAGAAACGGAAAAAGCAGCAUGGCUCAGAGGACCGGAACCUACCAUGAUCCAGAAGCAUGCAAUUCCACCUCUGAUCCUGCUCCUGCAACUGCAAGCACUCAUAUACCUGAAAAGAUCGGAAGUCUCAAAGCAAUAGGGUCUUCAAACCAACCAAGCAACAAGGUCAGCUACUGUUCUGAGAUGGAAAGAAGAAGGGCUCACUUGCAGAAAUUUUUACGCAUGGUUUGGUUGAUUAUAUUUUUCUGUUGUGUGGGGUGUCUGGUUGCUAGUUUAACCGUGCACAUGAUUGGAAACCAUGUGAUUUGGGUCUUGAAACUGUGGCAAUGGUGUGUGCUAGGAUCUGUGAUUUUAUGUGGUUUUCCUUUAAUCCUAUCGAUUAUGCGCCGGAUAGUUUUAUUGAUUCGGAGGUGCCUCGUGUUCGUUGAUAUGAUAAAUGUUCAUUAUGGUUAUUAUAUAUAUGGACUGGGGAAGAUCAUCAGUGUUUUGCUGUGGCUUGGUUUGGUUCUUCUGACAUGGUCUUUGUUGCUUGCGAGUAGUGAAGUGAAGAUAUCAAAGGACACUUCCCAGAUUCUAAAUGGAAUUACGAAGUCUCUUGCUACUUUUAUAAUAGGAGCGUUUCUAUGGUUGCUGAAAAAUCUUUUGCUAAACAUGUUAUCUCAUUCAUUCCAAGUCAGAAGAUUUGAUUGGAUUAAGAAUUCGUUGAUUAACCAGCAUAUACUUGAGGUCUUUCAAUCUCCAGAUCAACAGCAGAUCAUCAACAAGUCGAAGACACAGAGAUCAGGUCAAGGGAAGAACGAAAUGACGUCCACUGUCGAGUUCAUCAUUGAUGAGUUGAAGAAACAAAGAUCAGGUCGAGGGAAAGAUGAAAUAACGACGGAUAUUGAUUGGCUAAACAAUUUAAACCUUAAUGAAAUGUCUGCUCGGACCAUGCACCAUUUAAUCAAUAGGAUGAUAAAAUAUGAUUUAUCGAGUAUCACUAAGGAACUUGAGCACUUCGUUGAUAAAGAGGGCGCGGCCAAAUUAUAUGACGAGGACGGUGAGGCGCACAGAUUAAAAGAAGCUGCUACAAAGCUUGUUCUCGACAGCGUGAAUGCAUGGUACGCAAUUAAUUACGGUAGUAAAGCAAACCCAGGAGAUAAGCGAGAGGAGAAAAUAGAAGAAAUCACUGUCGAAUUAGAGGAGACAACACAAGUCAGCAAGGCUAGAGAGACCACAAGACCAAUUCAAGUGGAGAAUUCAAAACAUAGCAAUUCAUGGGAAGAAUCCAAAAGAAGUAGUGGCGCAAACCCAGGAGAGAAGGAUAGGGAGAAAAAGGAAGAAAUCACUAACGAAGAGGAAGCAACACAAAUCAGCGACGGUAAAGAGACCAAAAGAGUGGAGAAUUCAGAACCUAGCGAUUCAAGGUCCAUCAAUACGACUGUUGUCUUAAAACUGUUUAAGGGGGAAGCUGCCGCUGAGUAUGUGAUUGAACGGAUAAAUGGAUAUGUAAAAAGUGAAGGUUACAUCAACGGACAGGCUUUAACGAAGUGGCUGGUGAAUGCCACUAUUGAGCGCAAAAGACUGAUUCAAUCUUUAAAAGAUACCAAAAGUGCAUUGGAAAAGUUGAACCUGCUUAUCUUGGGCAUUGUCUUUAUUCUGUUCUUCAUUGUCUGGUUACUUAUUCUGAGAAUUUUGACAAACAACAUACUUAUUUUGCUAUUAUCUCAGUCUUUUGCUCUAUCAUUCAUGCUUGGUAGCAUUGCCAAGAGCGGAUUGGAGGGCAUCAUAUUUGUCUUUGUAGUGCACCCGUUUGAUACAGGUGAUCUCUGUCUCAUCAACGGAGAAGAGAUGGUUGUUGAAAAGAUUAAUCUUUCGACUACAGUCUUUCGAAAAGAAAGCAAAGAAAAGAUCAUCUAUCCGAAUUCAGUUUUAACUACGAUGCCCAUAAAAAAUUUUUACUGGGGCACUGCUGACGUUAAGGAUUCUCUGGAGUUUACCAUUGCGGGAAACACAACCAAAGAUGAGUUAAAGAAACUGUACGAUGACAUAAAAGAGUUUAUGAAGGGUGGUAAUAAUUGGAUUCCAGCUGUUGCCAUGUCUGCGUCUAAGGAAAUUGAGGAAGAAAAGAUGAAAAUGGUUCUCUAUUUUACUUGUCGCGACAUAAACGUUCAGAGAUCCGUGCCACCGAUGGUUUGGCGGAGACAUCUCUUAAUGGCUGCACUCAAGAAUAUUUGUGGCAAGCAGAAGAUCAAGUGCUAUAAUAUUCGGCCUCAAGCGGUUGAUCUCGGCUAUUCUACAUUUCUAGCUCCUGCUCCAAAAAAGAAUAACUAGCUAUCCUUUUUUUUUUUUCUCCAUUUCAAAUUAAACUUCCAUUUAAUAUGAUUGUAAUUUUAGAUUUUUUGCUUUUGAUUUUUGUAAAUUUUGUAACUUUAAAUAAAAACCUUGUUUUGCU